AUGCUUUUCUUCACCCAGUGCUUUGGGGCUGUCUUAGAUCUUAUUCACCUGCGGUUUCAGCACUACAAGGCAAAGAGGGUUUUCUCAGCUGCCGGGCAACUUGUCUGCGUCGUCAACCCAACACACAGCCUCAAGUAUGCAGCGACCCGCUGUGCAGCUGCGCAGGCGUCCACGGAGCAAGGCAUCCCUCCUCCCUGCCAUCACCACGAAGCCGUGCACGACCCCCAGCUGGUCCCCUGCACGUGCCCGCUCUUCUCCUGCCCGUGGGAAGGGCACCUGGAGGUGGUGGUGUCCCACCUGAGGCAGACCCACCGCAUCAGCAUCCUUCAGGGCGCGGAGAUUGUCUUCCUGGCCACGGACAUGCACCUGCCCGCACCCACGGACUGGAUCAUCAUGCACUCUUGCCUUGGCCACCAGUUUUUGCUGGUCCUCAGGAAGCAGGAGAAGUACGAGGGCCACCCCCAGUUCUUCGCCACGAUGAUGCUGAUCGGCACGCCCUCCCAAGCCAACAACUUCACCUACCGGCUGGAGCUCAACAGGAACCAGAGGCGCCUCAAGUGGGAGGCGACCCCCAGGUCGAUACUGGAGUGUGUUGACUCUGUCAUUUCAGACGGGGAUUGCCUUGUGCUGAACACUUCCCUGGCUCAACUCUUUUCUGACAACGGAAGCCUAGCGAUAGGAAUUGCGAUAACCACCAGCAAAGUUCACAGCUCCGAAGCUGAAAUGUGA